AUGAAUUCUAAUUUGUCCUUAUUUCAUCAAGACCAUUUAUGUCUCAGCAUAAAUAAACAAAGCAGAAUAAAAAAUUAUGCGCUUUUGAUUCAAUUGCCUUUGAGUUUCCACGAAACUCUGGCACACCUUUCCGAUGAAAAUCUACAUACAGAAGGCCCAUUAUCGACUCACAAUUGUGCAUUUCAAUUGUUUCACGUGACCAAAUUACUUUGCAUAAAACAUAAGAAGGAAAGGCAAUGCAGUAAUGCAUUACUUCCUGAAACUCCAUAA